AUGGCUUCCAGUUCCUGCCCACCAUCCCCACUACUAGUUAGGCUCCAGAAGUCCAUCACCUGCGUCCACAGCAAACUAAAAAUAUACUUUGAAAGCCAGGAUUCAGAGGGAGGAGAAUGCAGUGUUCAGCCUGUAGGACACCGUGCCCCAAACACAUUCGAGGUGUACUUCUCAGAAAGGGCAGCUAAGAAGAGAGUUCUGAAAAAGAGAGACCAUAAAAUAAUUUUUGAUGGCAAACCUGUGGCCAUUUUCCUGGAAACCACGAAAAAGCCAGUGGAGGACCCGAGACCCAGACCUCAGUUUGUGACACAGUCUCCGGAUGAAGCCCUCUCUGAUGAAGGGCCUGUUUAUAAUUCUGAUGACACUAUUGUCCAGGAGGAUGAGCACCCAAACCCAGGAAAGCCUUAUAGUGGAACACGACGAACUGCAUACUUGCCUGAUAAUCAGGAGGGAAGACACGUCUUGGGUCUGCUUAGAGAAGCCUUUAACAAAAGGCUGAUUUUCACAAUACGAGACUCUCGAGUACCAGGAGUGUCUGAUGUCGUUACAUGGAAUGACAUCCAUCACAAAAUAUACACGUUUGGAGGACCAAGAAAUUUUGGCUACCCUGAUCCUCAUUACCUGACGCGUGUGAAGGAGGAGCUGAAAGCAAAAGGAAUUGAGUAA